AUGUUUUCUAAUGAAGAAAUCUUUGGAACUGUUUUUGCAAACCAGGUCAUAAUUGGAGUCCUAGGGAAUUCACUCCUCAUUUAUUUCUACGUAUUCAAUUUUCUCCAUGGUCAUAAGGGAAAACCAAUAGAUCUGAUUCUUACUCAUUUGUCCCUUAUCAAUGUCCUGUUACUUCUUACUAAGGGAAUGACCCGGUCAGUGACACUUUUGGGAAUAAGAAAUUUCCUUGGUGAUAAUGGCUGUAAGACUAUAGUUUACCUGGACAGAGUGUUUCGGAGCCUUUCCUUCUGCAGCAUAAGUCUUUUGAGUAGUUUCCAGGCCAUCACUAUCAGUUCAAACAGCCAUGUGUGCACAGUGCUUAAAGCAAGGGCCCCAAAGUACAUCACCACUUCUCUUAUCAUCUGUUGGAUUCUCAGUCUAUUGAUAGAAGGAGUUAUUCCCAUAUAUGUGAUUAUACCCACAAAUAGUUCAAGUUUUAGGGACAAGUGGAACUCAGACAUUUGCACUAUCAGUAUUUAUGCCAUGAACACCUUCAACACUAUGCUAUGGAAGAUGCUUUAUGAAUCUUUGUGGUUUGGAUGCACAACAUGUAGUAGUAUAUACAUCAUAUUUACCAUGAAAAAGCACCACCAUCAAGUGCUUCACAUUCAUAGCACCAGCUUCUCCCCUAGAACCUCUCCUGAGAUUAGAGCCACCAAGACUGUCAUGAUGCUUAUGAACAGUUUUAUCUGUUUUCAUUUAGUCAGUUCUAUCUUUUUUGCUCUUUAUAAAUAUAAUUCAUCUAAUUCCUGGGUGUUACAUGUCUCUGCCUUUAUGACUGGAUGUUUUCCAACUUUCUGCCCCUUUAUGCUGAUUAGCAGUAUCAGCAAGUUUUCCAGUAUCUGUUCCGUGUUUUUUAAUAGUUGA